AUGAAUCUAGCUAUAACAAUCCUAGCAAUUGCAAUCGCCCUAUCCUGCAUCUUAGCAACUGUUGCAUUCUGACUGCCUCAAAUAAAUCCUGACUCCGAAAAACUUUCUCCAUAUGAAUGCGGCUUUGACCCCCUUGGAUCCGCCCGCCUCCCCUUCUCACUACGAUUCUUCCUGGUGGCAAUCUUAUUUCUGUUGUUCGACCUAGAAAUUGCAUUACUACUCCCCCUACCCUGAGGAGACCAACUAGCCUCCCCCACCACCGCCCUAUUAUGAGCAAUAGCCAUCUUAGUCCUACUAACCCUAGGUCUCAUCUAUGAAUGAACCCAAGGAGGACUUGAAUGGGCUGAAU